GCCUUUUUUUUUGUCGAUGAUCGUCGACUGAGUACUGAACGUGAACGGUUACUCUCUCUUAUGUGUCAAUGGCAAAACGGUCGGCAACAGAAGUAAUAACCACUGUUUCCAAUGAUGGUCAAGCAUAUCCCAAGGCUUCCAGUAGUGGCGACAAACGGGGAGCUGUAAUCCACGAUGAAAUGGGCGAAUUCGAGGACGCCUGGGAAGACGAAGUUGAAAGCGACGAAGAUGUGGUAGAUUCCAAUGCCAAUGAAGGAGAAGACGGGAUGGACAUUGAUGAAGUGAUGCCUGCCAUCGAGGAAGAAGACCAACCUGCACCCACAAAUACGUUCAUUCCUGGUGUUCACCAAUUGGAAAAGGAUGAAGUACUAGAGCCCGACCCUUCAGUCUACAUCAUGCUGCAUUCGACGGGUGUUGCCUGGCCAUGCUUAUCUUUCGAUGUUCUGCGAGAUAAUCUUGGCGAUGAACGUCAACGACUGCCUGCGACUGCAUUCAUCGUGACAGGAACUCAAGCCGACAUCGCCAAAAACAACGAGGUUAUCGUAUAUAAAUUCGACUCACUACAUCGGACCCAGAGGGAUGAGGACGACUCUGAUUCGGAAAACGAAGAAGAUGACGAAGGGCUAGACGAAGAUCCUGUUGUUGAAUACCGCUCCAUCCCUCACUCAGGUGGAAUAAAUAGAGUGCGCGCGCAGCCUUUGCCAUCAUCGACACCCCUUCCUCCAGUUACCCAGUCGUAUCACGUUGCAACAUGGGCAGACACCGGAAAGGUUCACAUAUGGGAUGUCCGACCUUUGAUAGAGUCCCUGGAAUCCCCCGGAUAUCAUCUCGACAAGAAAAGAACACAAAGCCCGGUAUUUACGAUCGAUGCCCACGGCCGCGCAGAGGGCUUUGCAAUGGAUUGGGCUGCUUCUAGCCCAACCUCAUUACGGAUUUUAACGGGCGACAUCAGUUCCAAAAUAUAUCUCACCACGUCUACUGUCUCAGGAUUCAACACGCUGUCGCAGCCGUUCACAUCCCAUACUUCGAGUGUUGAAGACUUACAAUGGAGUCCUUCGGAACCUACCAUUUUUGCAUCUUGUUCCGCGGAUAAGACGGUCCAAAUCUGGGACGUACGGAAUAAAGGACGCAAGAGCGUUGCUUUUAUUGACCCCGCCCACGAAAGCGAUGUGAAUGUCAUCAGCUGGAACAAGGCGACGUCUAACCUCCUGCUCACAGGUGGAGACGAUGGUCGUAUCAAAGUGUGGGAUCUACGCAGUGUUCAGAAGAAAGGGUCCGCAAGCAGCACGCCAACACCUAUUGCAUCGUUUGACUUACACAGGGGGCCAAUAACGUCUGUCGAAUGGCAUCCAACCGAUGCUUCGGCAUUUGUCGCCUCUGGCGAAGAUGACCAGGUGUCUUUAUGGGAUCUUGCCGUAGAACCAGACGAUGACGAAAUGAACAGUGCCGGGGACGCGGAAGUGCCCCCACAACUGCUAUUCCAGCAUUUGGGUCAAAAACAUGUAAAAGAAGUCCACUGGCAUCCUCAGAUACCGGGCAUGGUCAUCAGUACCGCACAUGACGGCUUCAACAUCUUCAAAACGAUAUCAAUAUAG